CCUGACCUUCGGUGUUAACAUCCGGGAACUCUUCGUGUGCAGCGUUGGCCCUGCUGCUGUCGCGGUGCAUUGUGGUCCGUGUGCCAAAGGAAGCCGCUACACCGGAAUCUGAAGAAUUUGGAGGUGUCCGCCAAGUCUACUGUUCAUCGGCGGCUAGUCUCUCAGCAUCUAAAACAUCUGUGCUGCACUUUCUACGGUCGGUCUAGAAGGUUUAACAAGGACAAGAAAUGUCUCAGGCCGACAAAAUGAAGCAGGGGCAGUUCACCAACCCUGAAACCCCGGGGUAUGUUGGAUUUGCCAACCUCCCUAAUCAGGUUCAUCGCAAAUCAGUAAAGAAAGGAUUUGAGUUUACGUUGAUGGUUGUAGGUGAAUCUGGACUUGGAAAAUCCACCCUGAUCAACAGCCUGUUCCUCACUGACCUUUACCCCGAGAGAGUCAUCCCUGGAGCAGCAGAAAAAAUAGAAAGGACUGUUCAGAUUGAGGCGUCAACGGUAGAAAUUGAGGAGCGAGGGGUGAAGCUCCGUCUCACUGUGGUCGACACGCCAGGAUAUGGAGACGCUAUCAAUAGCCAAGACUGUUUCAGCACCAUUAUCAGCUACAUCGAUGACCAGUUUGAGCGCUACCUCCAUGACGAGAGCGGUCUAAAUCGCAGACACAUUGUCGACAAUAGAGUUCACUGCUGCUUCUAUUUUAUUUCUCCGCUGGGCCAUGGGCUGAAACCGCUGGAUGUUCAGUUUAUGAAGGCCAUUCACAAUAAGGUCAAUGUGGUUCCUGUCAUCGCCAAGGCAGACACGCUCACCCUCAGAGAGAGGGAGAGGCUCAAGCGCAGGAUUCUGGAUGAGAUUGAUGAACACGGCAUCAAGAUUUACCACCUUCCUGAUGCCGAGUCCGAUGAGGAUGAGGACUUCAAAGAGCAGACCAAGAUCCUCAAGGCCAGCAUCCCAUUUGCGGUGGUGGGAUCCAACCAGCAGAUUGAGGCCAAAGGGAAGAAGGUGAGGGGCCGCCUGUACCCAUGGGGAGUCGUGGAGGUGGAGAAUCCAGAACACAACGAUUUCCUCAAGUUGCGGAUCAUGCUGAUCACCCACAUGCAGGAUCUACAGGAAGUGACCCAGGACCUUCACUACGAGAACUUCCGCUCGGAGCGCCUCAAACGGGGUGGCAGGUUGUCCUCCCAUGGUUACAUUCUGCCUCUUUCUCCUGCAAAUGGACCGGAGCCGGAGGAAAUGGACAAGGAUAUGAUCCUGCAGGAGAAGGAGGCUGAGUUGAGACGAAUGCAGGAGAUGAUUACCAAGAUGCAGGCCCAGAUGCAGAAGCAGGGAGACGGAGAUGGAGACGGCCCCAAUAUGUGAGAAGUCGAUGGUAUUUGAGCCACUGCUCGAGUUCGACGGAGGAUGGCAGAAAACGCCUAAGCAAGUUAUUGACUUGUACUGCUUGCCACUAUUUUUAUUCUAAUCCUACACAGAUCUGGAUUUUUUUUUAAAUAUAUAUAUACACAUACAGUGAAGUAUAUUCAAACAGUAUUACAUUUAUAUAUUUUCACACGGUUCGGUUUUUUUUUUUUUAAAUCUUUUGCCAGUUACUGAAAUGAAGUCACAGGACUUAUCCUUUUUAAAAUGGUGGCAUAUAUCUUUGAUACAAACUGUUACAUUUUCUUUUUCAUUUAGAAAAGCAAAGUACUGCUGCUUGUAGUUCUAAAACAUCUCUCAGCAUGCGCUAACUGCUCUGUGAAGGAGCUUCAUGGGAAGUUGCCUAUGCUAAAAACUAGUAGCAGAAGUAGCUUUUUCCACCAUUGUUAUGCCAUUAUCUUGAUCUUCAAGUGAAGGGGUAACAUUAUUUUAUUUUCCCUCUGAUUCAUAUGUGACCACGCAAGCCUCCCAAUGAAUAGGGUCCAUUAACUGUCAAUCAUAUUACUCACCUCCUCUGCAUGCAGCUCUCAACCCGUCUGGUCAAAUCUUCAGGUGAACUUUCUUCUCUAGUGUUAUGAUCAGCGUCGCCCUUCACUGAAGACUUGUUAUCCGUUAGUGAGGUUCUCUGAUCAGUGUCUUAAGUAAAAUGGUAACCUCCUCUUUGAGUUUGACAUGAAUUAGAUGAGCCCCUCCUGACCUCCUACAGUAGACCUGACAAACAAAGGAUGCCUGUUUAGUGCUUUCGGUCAAUUAAAAGUAAUCACCCCAUGUUUCCUCCAUACUGUAAAGUGAAGUCAUGUGCCAGAGAGCUUUAGCUGUGUGCGUUCUUUUUUUGACGCAGUGAGAUUUGUGGUAUAAACCUUUACCUGUCGCAACUGCCGUGUACUUUGUGGUUUCCAUGACCACAGAGGUUUAAAGUGACCCAAUGAGGUCAUUGUAGCCAACGUUUCCCUCACCAGCCAAGAUGCGAGUUCUUGACAUUCCUUUGUGUUUUUAUCUAAUAAAGCACCAAAUAGUUCUUGAUGCAUAUAUUGUAAUAAGUUUUAUUAAACUUUUAUUAAUCCUUA